ACCGUUCAGAUACGAGUUUGCUGGUUGCUUAUUGGUUGCGAACUAGGAAGAUGCUACCGCCAUGGAUACGAGGCUGAGCCAGAUUGAUGAUGUCUAGGUGAUGUUUAAACACUGAGCGGUGUGCCCUAUUAAAUAACCCAGCUGUCAUUCGCUUGGGUUGCGUGUUUUCCAUCGUAGCUGACGCGUCAAGAUAUUUGGAUUACGUUAUUGGAACGACCAUUUCUAGACCCUUCUUAAACCGUCUGCUGUGAUUUCGGGCCCACGGUUACCGUUCCUACGAGUCACUCCCUCGGUGGUGGAGAUGUAGCUUCGGCUUGCAACACCGGAGCAACUGUCAUACCGCUGGCUGAGUACCGGAGGAUGCUGGAGGGCUGAGGGAUGGCAGAGGUCGAGGCUACGUACGCCGACUUCAUCGCAUCGGGGCGCACAGGCCGGAGGAACGCCAUGCACGACAUCCUGCAGAGCCCCAGCGACCCGCAGGGGGGCCAGCUGCCCCUCAGCCUGUCCCUGUCCCAGCUGCACAUACACACUGCCCGCAGAGACGGGGGAGAUGCUGAGGACAGCCAGGGCUCCUCAACGUCGGUCCAGAGAGAGAUGGCCCAGAGGAACAGCUAACACACACCUCCCUCUCCACUGCUGUAUGCAUGGUGGCAUGGUGUGUGUGUGUGUGUGUGUGUGUGUGUGUGUGUGUGUGUGUGUGUGUGUGUGUGUGUGUGUGUGUGUGUGUCAGCGAUGAUAUGUGUGUGAGUGUGUGUGGGUGCGUGUGUGUGUGUGUGUUAGUGUGGAUGUGUGGGAGGCAGUGAAAGGACUUGAGGCUAGCCAAGUAAGGCUAGCCUAGGCCGGCAGUAAGGUUAGCCUCACCGCCCUUACCCAUGUGCCCAUGAGAAGGACCUUAAUGUCCCAGGAUAUGAACUGCUGAGCGUCUCUGCCCGUCUAGUGUAACGGAGAGCACCCUGAGGAUGUUUAUUUCUGGAAGAUUCUCUGAACUCCAGCGAAGGACCAGGGAGGUUCAUGCAACGUUUGAACUCACUAACUGAUUUUUCUCCGAUGCAACAUGGAUAAAGAGGAAGAAACAUGGGAUAAAUAGCUUUUCAUUGCUUAAUAAUAACAAUACACAAACACACACACCAAAAUAAACUUCACACCCCCCCCCACCCUCUCAGACACACACACACACACACACACACACACACACACACACACACACACACACUCAGUCAACAUCUCACACUCAAAUAAUCACACCAAACAUGGCAAUUGAGAAUAUCUGAAAAACAGGAAGUGCUUAAAUGUACUGUUAAUUAUUCAACAAUAAUAUGUAUAGGCUUAUUCUGUAAAAGGCAGAACUGUAACAAUACCGUUUCCCAACUGCAAGCAUCAUAUCGUAGACAUAGGAGUCAUUUAGCUACACAUCUCGUGUAACAAUUAAUCUAUAUUAUGUGACACGAGCAAGCGACUGAUGUUCUUGAAGGGGCCGUGGUUUAACUUUGAACUGAAGGACUGCAAGAGAGAUCGCUUUUUAAGAAUUACUUAUUUUUUUAUGUAUCAAUCUUUCUCCAAAAGAGUAUGUAGCAACGCAAUACCCGGUUGAACUGAGAGACUUCCCUGGACCUGCCUGUGGUUGUGUCACAUUAAUAAUAAUAAUGUUAAUAAUGAUAAUUUGAUGACGAUGAUGACGAUGACGAUGAUGAUAAUAGUAUCUAUGGAUAUCUUUUAGAGCACCUUUUCCCGGGGCACGGUACACUUUACAAAACAGAAAAAGGGGAAAAUAUCUAAAUAUCUUCAACAGUUUUUUUUAUGUUUACGUCAUUUGUCCCUGAAACUACCCAGCGAAGGAAGGCCAUUUUAGGUCUGUUGCCCUUUUCACACGACGCUGAAUAAAUGUAAAAACACAGUUUUCACCACGCAUGCCAUAAUUACCAUACUCUUAAUAUUAUCCUCCACUGUAACAUGGGCCCCGGGUACACUUGUUGUUUCAAUGUGUUUCAACCCUUGUGAUUGGUUCACAAAAGCCUUGUUGAACCGCGAGUGUAACCGUAUGGACAUUGUUAUUUCUGAUGUACUGUGACAUUUUUGCGCUUUCUUUCUUGCCUUAGAAUUGACCGUCUUCCUUAAAAAGUGAAAUUGUCACACGGAACACAUUUUCUUUGUGUUCAUAGUAAACAAUACAUUUCAAAUGUCAAUUAAAUAUUUCUGCUUUUGGACUUGUUGCUUAUGUACUACAUAUUUAAGCUAUUAACAAUGAUGCAUGUACAAAAUGACUGCAUGCUUUUUUAUCAAUCUGUCCUUGCGUUUGUCUGAGCUUUCCCGGGUUUCAUUCACUUUUCUAUUUAUUGUGUUAAAAAAUAAACAUUGAAUAAAAGGUGGAGGACUGUUAAAGGAGAA